AUGAAGAAGUGACGUCACAGGAGAGGUAGGACAAACAUGGCGGCUGUCAUGAGGCUAGUAAACAGAAGCACUUUAAACCCAGCAAUGGGUCAACACUGCCUGGCGUUCAGCUCUGCGGCAAAAAUAAAAACGGCUGCUGUGAGGCCAGGUCAUGUUCUGCCAGAAAAGGUGAAAAUAGUGGAGGUCGGACCCAGAGAUGGUCUUCAAAAUGAGAAGACAAUCGUGCCAACAGAUACUAAAAUCCACUUAAUAAACAUGUUAUCAGAAUCAGGGUUGCCAGUCAUUGAAGCUACCAGCUUUGUGUCUCCAAAAUGGGUUCCACAGAUGGCAGAUCAAGUGGAAGUGAUGAAGGGCAUCUGUAGGAAAUCUGGAGUAACGUACCCAGUCCUCACCCCCAACCUGAAAGGCUUCCAGUCUGCUAUGAAGGCCGGAGCUUCAGAGGUAGCCAUAUUUGGAGCUGCAUCAGAGCUGUUUAGUAAGAAGAACAUAAACUGCUCAGUGGAUGAAAGUUUACAGCGCUUCGACGAAGUUAUGAAAGCAGCUAAAGAGGCUGGUGUGCCAGUAAGAGGUUAUGUAUCAUGUGUCGUUGGAUGUCCGUAUGAAGGCAAGGUGGCACCUGAAAAAGUUGCACAUGUAGCUAAGCGUCUUUACUCCAUGGGCUGCUAUGAGAUCUCUCUAGGGGACACAAUUGGAGUGGGAACCCCUGGUAGCAUGAGUGAAAUGCUGGAGGCGGUGAGCAGGGAGGUGCCUGUCAGUGCCCUGGCAGUGCACUGCCACGAUACCUACGGCCAAGCACUGGCUAACAUCCUGGUGGCCUUACAGAUGGGAAUCAGUGUUGUAGACUCAUCAGUAGCUGGACUCGGUGGCUGUCCCUAUGCCCAGGGUGCCUCUGGGAAUGUUGCUACUGAAGAUGUUGUCUAUAUGCUUCAUGGACUAGGGAUCCAAACAGGAGUGGAUCUCCCCAAGCUGAUGGAUGCUGGCGCUUUCAUCUGUCGAACCCUCAACAGAAAGACCAACUCCAAAGUAGCUCAGGCUACCUGCAAACUGUAGGCACCAGCCUGAAAACAGAGGACUCUUUCACAGACUGUCAACUCCAACAUAAUCACAUAAACCUGGAGCUAUCGUUACUGAUUAGUUCUCCCAAUUCCUUUGUUUUCAUAGCUCCUCUAUCUUUAUGAAAAUAUUUCGUUAAUGUUUUUGAUAUUUUUUUGGAUGGUACUGACCCCUUCUUUUUAAGUAUCAGAUGAUAAAUUCACCCUAUGAUAGCAUAGCUGGAACGGUGCCUUAUAAAAAAAAAAAAAGUCAGUCUGGUUGUACAGAUAAUUCCUGUCAAAAGCCCCGGUCAGGCAGUUUUAAUGGUCUGCGUACUUUACUUUCUAGGCUGUGACUAAGCCAAGUUAAAGAGCAGUCUUUAUUUAUAAUAAAAGAUUAACCAGCACAUUGUGUGAGGGAUGCAUAAACUCACUGUUGAAGUCAGAAAAGGUAGAAGUGUUGUUUUGAUUUUCAUGGUUCUCCUUAUACAGUGAUAAGUGUCUCAAAAACAUUCUUCCUCAGGAGCAUGUGUAGAAUCAGUUUUAAUGAACCUGGGCAUUGUGGAAAAAAAUUAUCUGCUCUAUUACACAGUUUUGUUUUGGGUUUUUUUAAUGAUUUCUUUUCUUUUAGUAUAUGUAAGAUUUCUACUUUCAUUUCAUUAUUUCAGUAUUUAUUUUUAAGGUAUUAUCUGUCAGUUAACUUGUACAAAUCAAACUAGAACGUGACACUAAUACAUUUCACAUCUGAAAACUGUAACAUCAUGAUGACUCUAGUGACUCUUAUUUACUUUUGAACUAUGUGAAAUAUUUGCCUUUCUCAUGAAUAAAUUCACAGAUAACUGAUAUAAAGCCACCACUGACCAUU